AUGACUCGUACUAUUUACUUGGCCAUUUCCUCCAAUGCUGCCAAACCCGCUCAUUUCUCUGUGUUUAUUCCUACGAAUGACUCGGGUGAGGAGGGAAAAGUGAUCCAUGUUACUGGGAGUCCGGCCAUAGGGUUUUUUCUUGAAUUCAAGCGCAACUACAGCAUCGCUGACACGCUACGCGAAUACCAAAUCGUUCCCCUGGCGCAGGUGAAUGGUCGGUAUGUAGCUGAUACAGUCGGCGAUAGGCAAUUAUCGCUUGACACAACUGCCCGCGAUCGAAUAGAAUCAAUCGCCACUAUGGUGCCUCCCCCUGCUCGGAGCCCUAACCCGUUUGAUCCUUCGGCUCCUAAUUGUCAAAACUGGAUGCAUGAUUACGUCCAAACCCUUGUCGAACACGGUAUCGUUGGAAGUAGUGCUCUUUCGGUCGUUCAAAAUGCCCGAAGAAUACUCUGA